AUGCCGAAUGAGUAUACGCGUAAGCAGAAUACGCCUAAAAGGGGUUGUUGGUCCGCAGAAAAUUUAACUGAUGCCGUUAAUGCGGUAGUGUACGGUCAAAUGGGUGUCAAUGAAGCAGCAAAAGCGUUCGGCAUUCCAAAAACCACAUUUAAACGCAGAUUUUCAGCUAGUAAUCUGGAUAAAACCGACCGAUUGGGCCCUGGUAGUGUACUUGGUAGAGAAGCAGAAAUGAAGCUCUCUACCCACAUAAAAAAAUUGCAGAAAAGUGGUUUCGCACCCACUAGAGGGGAAGUGCGCGUUAAGGCAUAUAAUUUAGCCGAACGUCUUGGAAUUGAACACAAAUUUAAUCGAGAAGAGGGUAAAGCUGGUAAUGUAUGGCUGCUUCAAUUUUUGAGACGAAAUCCAGAUAUUACAGUUCGCAAAGCUGAAAAUACCUCAAUAGCUCGAGCGUUGGGAAUGUCUAGAAAUAUUGUAGAGAAAUAUUUUAAAGAACUCGAUGCUGUACUCUCUCAAAAUAGUUUAUUUGACAAGCCUGGCAAUAUAUACAAUACAGACGAGACAGGACUACAGCUGAACACGCGAGCAGUAGUUGCCUGCUGUAAUGCAGAAGGGGUUUAUUUGCCUCCUUACUGCGUGUUUAAGGGGAAAAAUGCUAAAGCAGAAUGGGCUGACGGAAUGCCACCUGCCUCACGUAUUCGCAUGUCAGAAAAGUCGGCAUACGUGACGUCAGACAUUUUCCUGGACUGGCUACAAAACCACUUCUACCCCAGAAAAGUACCCGGGAAAGUCUUACUAAUAGUAGACGGACACACUUCUCAUACAACCAAUCUUGACACGUUGCAAUUUGCCGAGGACCACGAUAUAAUUUUGUUUUGUUUGCCUAGCCAUACAACACAUUAUUUACAACCGCUGGAUAGGGCAUUCUUUAAAAGCCUGAAGGGGCAUUAUUAUGAAUCGUGUAGGAGGAUGAUCAAAUGCAACCCCAAUAGAAAAUUAAAUCGGUUGCAAUUUGGCAAACUUUUAGGGGAGGCUUGGGGCAAAUCGGCUACAGUCAACAAUGCCGUAUCGGCCUUUCGGUCAACAGGAAUUUGGCCUUACAAUCCGAAUGAAAUUCCCGAUCACGCUUUUCUAACCCAACCUCCAAAUGAGGCUGCAAUACAUGCAAGAGAAGAAGAGGAACAAACUGGCUCUACAGCAAAAUUAAGGGAAACUGAGACCCUUUCUCGCGAUGGUGACUCACCUCAACCAGGCCCUUCCGGAAUGCACCUUCCUCUCUACCAUGAAUCGCCUCAACCAGGUCAUUCAAAAAAACAGUUGGGAAGUGUUGAAGAAGAAGAAACACCUGGGAAGCUACUUCAAGAACUUUCACCUGUACCCCAGAUAACCCCAGCUAUCAGAAAAGCUCGUGUGAACCUAAUGGGUGACUUAACUUCACCCAAUCACAUAGCCCUUGUUCGUCAGAAAAAACAAAAACAAAGCCAAACACCUCAUCCAAAGGGACAGAGAAAGGAAAAACCUUCCAAAAACAAAUUACCGAAAUCUACAGAUCAAAAGUUGCAGAAGAAACGCAGACACGAGUCUACUUCUUCAGAAUCUGAUGGAAACGUAAUCUUGGAUGAUUCAUCUAGUGGGGAAGAAACGUUGGAUGAUAUCGAAAAUCAGUGCGUCGGGUGCCUCGAAGACUAUCGCCUUACAAAGAAAAAGGAGGAAUGGUUACAAUGCAUUGUAUGUUCCAGAUGGUUGCACGAUGGUUGCACAUCCUACACCAACACAUGCCAACGCUGCGGUGCCGCCCCCACUUUAAAAAAAGGGACAAAAACCCUAAAUUAA